GAAAGAGAGAUUGUCUGUAAUCUCAGCAGCGAAUCUUGAGCACGAGGGACUGAUGGUAAACAAGUAAGCAGAGGUGAGAGCUGCGGUAACGACCACAGAGGCAAAGCCUGCUUGCUCAGAGAAAAGAAUGAGGACUCUUCCAGAGACCUGUGACCUGGAGCUAAGGGCAGCUGCAAAGAAAAAGAGAUGUCUUCAGAGGAAAAGACUACUUCUGUGUGUGCUGCUUCUCAGUAUUGUCCUGGGCUUUACACUGCUUAUCACCCACAUAAUGAUGACCUGUGGUCUGGGAUCCUGUGAUGCUGAGGUGGGUCUUGCACUGUUGGCCAGACUCUUGAAUUCUAGGAAUGACACCGUAGACCCCUGCAAGGAUUUCUACAAAUAUGCCUGUGGCAGCUGGAGAGGCAAAGACUCAAGCAGAACCACAGAAGAAUCACUAAAUGUCUUUGAUGUGUUGUUGGAAGAAAACCAGCUGAUCCUGAAAAGGCUUUUAGAGACCCCAGAACUUGGGGUAAGAAGCUCAGCUAAGGAGAAAGCAAUCUUGUUCUAUCGAUCCUGCAUGGAUACUCAACGCAUAGAAUCCCAAGGAACUCAGCCAUUAAAGGACCUCCUGAAUCAGAUUGGUGGAUGGAAUAUCACAGGCAGAGGGAAAGCAAAAGAUUUUAACCAAACUCUUCAGACUCUCAUGGGCAAAUACAACACCUUUCCCUUUUUCAGAGUCCAUGUGGGACCUAGUCCUUCUGACCCCAACACCAAUAUAAUUCAGAUUGACCAUCCUGAGUUUGAGAUGCCACCUGAGAGUGAAUUCAAAGAGAAGAAGAAAUAUCUUGAGGUUCUCCGUGUGUAUCUGUCAUAUUUGGAGAAACUAGGGGACCUACUUGGAGGGCCACAGGAUGUUCCCCCUGACUCCUUUUCCCUUACCUUGUCCUUCAUCUCUAACCUCCAGCGAGUUGUCACCCCACUGCAGGAAAGACGGCAGAGAGGGAUGCUGUUCUAUCGCAUCACCAUCAGGGAGCUACAGGAAAAGGCACCCGCGAUUGACUGGCUGCUGUGUCUCCAGGCAGCUUUCCAUCCUGUGCCAGUGAAUCCCUCUCAGCCAAUUGCAGUGCACGACAUGGAUUACUUGCAAGGCAUGUCACGGCUUAUUGAACAAUGGCAGAAUAAAAGGGUCCUUCGCAUCUAUAUGAUUGUUUGUCUGGUUGGGAAUCUCUCCCCAGCCCUUGACAGUCGAUUCCAAGAUGCACGCCUGGAGCUAUCUAAGAUUCUUCAUGGAAAAAUGGGUUCUAGAGUGAUCCCAGAUGAGCGCUGGAGGACGUGCUUGAGUGAAACCAGUUCUUUCUUUGAACCAGUCCUAGGGCAGAUGAUUGUGCAAGAAAUUUUCCCUCAACAGAACAAGAAACUUGCUCAGCAGAUGUUCUCCGAGAUCCGAGAUGCCCUCUAUGACCAACUCCAUCAGUUGGAGUGGAUGGAUGAGCAGACCCGCCAAGAGGCUAACGUCCUGGUUUCUAAACUACAAGUGGAAAUUGGCUAUCCAGCUCACAUACUCCAGAUUGCCAAAGUGAACCUGGAAUACCAGAAUUUGGAAAUAAAUCAAGAAACUUUUCUCCUCAAUGUGGUGGCUUGUUUGAAGACACUGAGGGAGAAUUCCUACCAGAGACUCCUUCAGCAUCACUCACAGGAUAACUGGAAGGUUUCCCCCUGGGAUGUGCAUUCAUACUACUCACUAAGGCAGCACAUGGUAGUCUUCCCUGCCGGAAUGUUUCGCAGCCCUUUUUUCAACCCGGAGUUUCCCAGUGCUAUGAACUUUGGAGCCAUUGGGGUCUUCAUGGCACAUGAACUUCUUCACACAUUCUAUAGUUAUGUGUUACCUGGGGGCUGUCCUACCUGCAAGAGGAGUGCACUACAGGAAGCUAUAGAUUGCUUGGUAGAACAGUAUGAAAGUUACUCCAUGCUUGGCUUUAAGGUCAAUGGGACUUUUACUCUGUUGGAGAAUAUAGCUGACAAUGGAGGGCUUGCCAUUGCUUACCAGGCCUAUAAGAACUGGCUGAAAAAGCACAGAAAAGAGAAGGAUUUACCUAAGAUUGGACUUUCACAUGAUCAGCUCUUUUACCUCAGUUUUGCUCAUGCAAUGUGUGGACACCAGCAUCCUGAGAAACUGCAAUCUUACAUGCACACAGAUCCACACAGCCCCUUGCAACUGCGUGUCUGUGGGCCUAUCAGCAAUAGCCAGGACUUUGCCGAACACUUCCAAUGCCCCAGCAGAUCACCAAUGAACCCAGCUAAGAAGUGCCACAUCUGGUAAUCUGCAUGGCAAGGCAGGAAGAAAGUUGAGACUCUAGAGAGAUAAAGGCCUGAACUGUGAAAGUAUGACCAUCUUAUCUGGCCCUGUGGAGAGAUAUGGUGCUCUUAUUCACUCCUCUGCAUUCCUUUUCUUGUUAUCCUUUCCUCAGCCUCAACUUGCACCUCUCUCAGCAGUUUAUUGUAGCAAAAUUCCAACUUGAUUUCAUAUGGGAAGAGGAUCUCUUUCUACUGCUCCCAGUGUCCCAGCUGGGACAGCUCUGGAGUCCAGCAAGUUCUAAGGUAGCAAGGUGACUAGCCAGUCACCUUGGGGUGAACAGUCCAGGAAAGGACUGUUAUAUUUGUAAUUCCUCUGUUCAGUGUGUUUCCCUGUCUACUCCAACAACCUCAUAGUCAUGUUGAAUGGGGAGGCCAACAAGCUAUAACCCUAAGACCUGUUCAUAUCAGAGAGGUUUUUGGAGAAAUCCUACAGGUUACUAUGCAAACCACACAGUUACCUUACCAGAGAGGGAAGAAUCCUCUUCUUGGGCCAGUAAGUGGAGACAAGGAGUAAAAAAAGACUCAAUAGCUCCAGCUUCUGGACUGGCAGAUGAGUCACAUAAUAAUGAAGGUUACUAAAGGCCCUUCUUGGUCUCUGUUUUCAAUCAGCUGACACAAAUGAAAUUUAGCAGAGUUUUAGCUUCAUGCAUCAUCUGUGCUCUUUCAACCGAGUUCACUGGAACCAGUCAUCAUCACAUCUGAUUAUGCCAGACUCAAUGUAUUGUGUUGUUCAGGAAGUAUUCUUCUUGCUAAGUCCCCUAUGGAAGGUGGCAGCAAAGAACAGAAGCCAAAACAAUACUGUUGCUUGCCUUUCCAUAAAAGAAGGAUGUAUUGUCUGAGAGAAAAGAGAGACUAAAAUUCCUAGGACACAAAAGAGAAAAGAGGAAGGCAUCCCUGUUGGUGGAAGAGGGAUUAGGAGCUGAGAAGAGAGUACUGCCCAACAAGAUUCUCUUUCUUCUCAGUCUCUAAUUUAGGGUGAGGAUAUGGGUGAAGGUGGAGUAUGGGAUAGACACAAGGGGUCCUAGAGAUCUCUGAAGGUUUUUAGCCUGAACACUCAGAAUUCCAAGAACUUCUCUGGAUCCUGAACCAGAUUUUCUCAUCCCUACAGGUUCUCUCAUCCCUACAUUUGUAAAUAUUUACCAUCCAAACCGGGGAAUUCAGAUGACGUAGGUUUUCACUAUCUAAUUGAAAUUGAAUUUUAGGGUUAAUAUAAGUAAUAUAUUUCAGGACAAAAGGAGGAGAAGUGCUUAAAGCACUUCUCAAGAGCGACCUAAUUACUUCAGUUUCAGAUUCUGAUCAUUUAGAAUUUAUAUCAAUCAUCUCCUAAAAUUUACCAAAGUUAAUACAUAAAGCACUCCUACAUUUAGCAUACUCUUCAAACAGUUCUUAAUGGUGGAAGCACUUUUUGUUGUUGUUUAUUAUAUUGGCUGCCCAGGGAUUGCUUGGGGAAUGGCAAGUGGGAACAUCUCUUAUCACUGCCAUCAUUAUGAAAACUGAAAAUCCUAAUAAUUCUCUUAAUUCUUAUCAAGUACUGAUCAAUGUGGCAGAAAAAUUUCCAAGAACAGUCUGUUCAGUGAUUUUAUUUUCAUUAAUCAAAGAUUGAAAUAUUAAUAAAGUGCUAUGUGCUUCGGAAAAAAAAAUAUAUCACAUCAUUGGUUAUAAACUCCUUAUGGCCAGGUCUCUUUCUCUGUAUUUGUACUGUGCUCAGCAUUACCAGAGUUCUUAGCUGCUAUCCCAACACAAAUAAUAAAUAAUACCUCAGAACCAUGUGAUUUAUUUAGCCAUCAUAAAAAUAACAAAAUUAGGCUCGUGUUUUUCCUUCCAAGGUCACUUUUUAAAAAUGUAUAAUCUUCCUCUACUCUUUUAAUCAAUUUUUU